AGCUCUUCAAGGCUGUCUGUAGGCUGUUGACACCUGCAUUAGUAGGUGGAUCCUGGGGGCACCCCAGAGACCCUCUAUGAUUUGCUCGCUAGGCACUUUGAGGAUCAAGUUGUUCACCUCUGUAGUGAGCCAAACACCACAACAGAUGCACCUCUGAGUCAAGUUUCCGAUGCUCCACUGAGCCCUGCUUUGUGGGAUCAUCAGUUUCACUUUUUGCAGCCUAAUGACCCUGGCAAGAUGCUUGUGAGAACACGGCGCCCACUGGCGUGCCCUCUCGACCCCUUUCCCUUCAUGGCUGAUCAAAGAUGGCCAGGAGGUCCAAGGUGUGGUGACUGCAUUGGGGGAGGGGGGCCUGCUACCUUUAAGCAGGUGUCACGGCAGGCGCUCCUUUAAAAAACCACCACCUUAGACCUGAUGGCAUUGAACAACUACUGCCCAGCUGCAACAAAACAACCCCUUUUUUUGGACAAGGUUUUCCAGAGGAUUGUGGCACAGCAGUUAUAAUAAUAAUAAUAAUAAUAAUAAUAAUAAUAAUAAUAAUAUCUUUAUUGUCAUUGCCCCCUUCGGGGACAACGAAAUUACUUGACUGCUCCAUAAAAACACUAAUUAAUCAAUACAGUAUAAUACAGCAAGGGAGAUUAGAUGACUUUCAAAGUCCGGGCUUCCCAUUCAGGGCCGAGAUCGCUCUGCAGAAGAAGCUGUUCUUAAGACGGCUCGUUCUUGUCUUCAUCGUCCUGUAUCUCCGUCCCGACGGCAAGAGCUCGAAGAGACAGUGACCAGGAUGCGAUGGAUAUUUUACUAUGUCCAGUGCCUUCCUAUGGCACCUUGUGGCAUAAAUCUGCUCUAAGGUGGAGAGUGGGCAGCCAACAAUGCUCUCUGCUGCCUUAACAACCCUGCACAACCCCAUCCUGUCCUGGGUAGUACAGCUUCCGUACCACACACAUAAGCC